CCCAUUGCCGCCCCGGUUCGCCAUUGCUCGCACCGACGAAACAUGUGCAAACACUUCGGCGUCGACGCCCACGCCUCCGUCGACAUCUCCAAGGGCAGAGAGGUGCUGCCCGCCAAUGUCAAGCCCGUACACUACGACCUGACCCUCGAGCCCGACUUUGACUCCUUCACCUACAAUGGCACCGUCGUCAUCGAUCUAGACGUCGUCGACGACACCACGUCCAUAACCCUCAACUCGAACGAGCUCACGAUCCACUCCACAAAGGUCGAGGCGGACCAGCACGUCCUCUCCGACUCGCCCAAUGUCACCGCCAACGAAGACGCACAGACGACCACGGUCGCCUUCGACAAGAGCAUCCCCCGUGGCAGCAAGGCAAAGCUCACCAUGACCUUCUCCGGCGUCCUCAAUGACAACAUGGCGGGCUUCUACCGCUCCUCGUUCAAGGCCGACGACGGCUCCACGACAUACAUGGCAACCACGCAGAUGGAGCCUACCGAUGCCCGCCGCGCCUUUCCCUGCUUCGAUGAGCCGGCUCUCAAGGCCAAGUUUACCGUCACGCUCAUCGCCGACGACAAGAUGACGUGCUUGAGCAACAUGGACGUCGCCUCGGAGAAGCAGGUCCAAAGCACCGUCUCGGGCGGAAAGCGAAAGGCCGUUACCUUCAACCCCACGCCGCUCAUGUCGACAUAUCUACUGUGCUUUAUCGUCGGAGAGCUCAACUACAUUGAGACGAACAACUUCCGCGUGCCCGUGCGUGUGUAUGCACCAAAGGACAGAGACAUUGAGCACGGUCGCUUCUCGCUCGAGCUCGCGGCCAAGACACUCGAAUUUUACGAAAAGACGUUCGACAGUGCCUUCCCGCUGCCCAAGAUGGACAUGGUAGCCAUCCCCGACUUCAGUGCGGGCGCUAUGGAAAACUGGGGUCUCAUCACGUACCGGGUUGUCGAUGUGCUCAUUGACGAAAAGGUCAGCGGCGCAGCCACUAAGCAGCGUGUGGCUGAGACUGUGCAACAUGAGCUUGCACAUCAGUGGUUCGGCAAUCUGGUAACCAUGGAUUUCUGGGAUGGCUUGUGGCUGAACGAGGGAUUCGCAACGUGGAUGUCGUGGUACUCCUGCAACGUCUUCUAUCCCGAUUGGAAGGUCUGGGAAGGCUAUGUUACCGAUAAUCUUGCGAGUGCACUUUCUCUCGACUCCCUGCGCAGCAGCCACCCUAUUGAGAUGCCAGUCAAGCGUGCAGAUGAAAUCAACCAGAUCUUUGACGCCAUUUCGUACUCCAAGGGCUCUAGCGUCAUUCGCAUGAUCUCCAAGUGGGUGGGCGAAGAUACCUUCAUGGAGGGCAUUCGCCAGUACCUCAAAAAGCACGCAUACGGAAACACCGAGACGGGUGAUCUCUGGGCCGCGCUGACCGAAGCCAGUGGCAAGGAUGUGGGCAAGGUCAUGGACAUCUGGACGAAAAAGGUCGGCUACCCUGUAGUCGCUGUGACCGAGGGCACCGACUCGAUCCAUCUUAAGCAGAACCGCUUCCUGCGCACCGCCGACGUCAAGCCUGAGGAGGACCAAACUCUGUACCCUGUCUUCCUUGGCCUGCGAACCAAGGAUGGUGUUGAUGAAGACUUGACCCUGUUUGACCGUGAGGCCGACUUCAAGCUCAAGGACAUGGAUUUCUUCAAGCUCAAUGCAGACCACUCUGGAUUGUACCGGACUUCGUAUACGCCAGAGCGACUACGCAAGCUCGGGAUUGCCGCCAAGGAGGGCCUCCUCAGUGUCGAGGACCGGGCUGGAAUGAUUGCUGACGCCGGCUCGCUGGCUGCGUCUGGCUACCAAAAGACAUCUGGUAUUCUGUCGCUGCUUGACAGCUUCAAGCAUGAAUCAGAGUUUGUCGUCUGGGGAGAAAUCAUGUCGCGCAUCGGAGUGCUCCGUGGGGCGUGGAUGUUUGAGGACGAGAAGAUUCGAGAUGCUCUGAAGAAGUUUCAACUGGACCUUAGCGCUGAAAAGGCACACGAGCUGGGAUGGGAAUUCAACGAAAAUGACGGCCAUAUUGAGCAGCAGUUCAAGGGCCUCAUGUUUGGCGCUGCCGGCAUGUCUGGUGACGAGAAGAUCACCAAAGCCUCGUUUGACAUGUUUGCCAAGUUCAAGGCGGGCGACAAGACGGCCAUCCACCCCAACAUUCGCGGCAGUGUGUAUGCCAUUGUGCUGAGCAAUGGUGGCGAAGAAGAGUACAAUGUCAUUGUCAACGAGGCUCGCAACGCAGCGACGAGCGACGAGCGCAACUCGGCACUUCGCUCGCUGGGACGGGCCAAGUCGCCAGCGCUCAUGCAGCGCACGCUCGACAUGGCACUCAGCGAUGAGGUCAAGGGCCAGGACAUCUACCUCCCCAUUGGGGCUUUGAGAACGCAUCCCGCUGGAUGCCAUGCGCUGUGGAACUGGGUCAAGGCGAACUGGGCAGAACUGGAGCGCAGGCUGCCUCCGAGUCUGAGCAUGCUAAGCUCGGUCGUGUCGAUAACGACGUCGUGUUUCACGCACCGUGAGCACAUUGAAGACAUUGAAGGGUUCUUCAAGGACAAGAGCACAAAGGGCUUCGACAUGUCUCUCUCGCAGAGCCUUGACAGCAUCAACGCAAAGGCUGCGUGGCUGGUGAGGGACUCGGAAGACGUCAAGGCUUGGCUGGAGAAAAACAAGUACCUGCAGUAGAUGUCGAUGGAGGCUAUAGAUUCCUGUACAACAGCAGGUAGAGAAGAAGAAGAAGAAGAAGAAAAAUAAAAGAAGUACUGAUGUCAGCACUCUAAUUUGG